UUCUUCUUCUCCACAAAGUACGGCCUACUCCAGUGGGCUGUAGGCGGCUUUCCAAGUCCGAGGGACUUUGCAGAGAAAUCUUGUAAGACAGUCUUAAAUUCCUGACAGAAAAAACUCAUCACAGAGCAAAAUCACAACAUGGGAAAGAGAGGAGGGGCCAAAAAGGCGCCGAAUUCGGUGUUGGGGUCGAACGAUAAUAUAUCGCUGAGAGAAGAGAUUACAGGGAAAAAGCAGAAAAAUAAAGGGGGGACUUGCAAUGCCAAGAAUAUAUUGAAGGUGGAGCAUAUAGAGAGGCUUGCGGUUUGGGCCGGUGGGGAGGCUUCUAUGCCUUGUUUUGCUGCAUUCUAUGGGCAGAAAUUGGCGUCUCUUGGCGAGUCUUUGGGUCUACCUCCCAACCCUUCUUUGGUUGCUUGCCAGAGAUGUGAAACAGUUCUUCAGCCUGGCUUCAAUUGUACUAUUCGAAUUGAGAAAAAUAAAGCUAAGUCGUGUCGAAGAAGAAGUAAGAAAUCUUUUACUCCAAAUCAGAACAAUGUAGUGUAUACUUGCCACUUCUGUUCAAAUAGGAAUUUGAGGAGAGGGACCCCUAAAGGACAUAUGAAAGAGAUAUACCCCUCUAAGAUCAAAACCACUAAAAAAUCGAAAUCUGCUCAAUCAAAUUCUCAGAAGCCCAUCAUCUCGGAAGAGGUAAGUAGAGGAAAAGAUGAGUUCAGUAAAAUGGAUGAGUCAGCUUUAUCGCCAAUACCGACAACAUUAGGAACAGUUUCUAUUAGUGAUGGUCCUGCAACACCAAUCGCGGGAACUGGACCUAAACUGUUGGACGUGAAGAAGAGAAAGAGAAACAAAUCUACAGCUAAAAAACCAGCUGAAAGCGAGAAGAGUUCUGUCUCUACAGAUGCAGAAAAAACUGUUGGCACGUCAAGAAAAUGGAGGAGAAAAUCAUGGACUAGUUUGAAGGAGAUUGCUGAGAGUAGCGAGCAGGGUAAGAACCAGAAUGUUGCCAACUUGCCCAUUCCUUUCUUUUUAUAAAUGGGGGCAAUCUGGAUACUGAUUUCUCAGAAUAGAACAAGUAGAUUUUUCUUUGCUCUUUGUAGAUUUUAUAGGACUUUCUGUUUUGGAUUUGAUUGAAGGAGAGAGUCAUUGGGUUGUACAGUUUAGCAUUUAUGCGUUUUUUUCUAUGAAAUCUUUGGCAAUUCAGAAGUUUUGGAUGAUUUGGUUUUAUACCCUUUUGUUUAUGCAUUU